AUGACAGAGGUGUUGGAACUAGAUGACCUUAAAGAUCCCUUCCUGAACUCCUUUCAAGUCAGUGAAGCAGAGUUCCUAGCCAAGAAGAAACUGGGGGGUCUGGGUCCUUUCAACCCUGGUUUGCUGGUGUAAGUGCCUGUCUGGUUGGCCAUCAGUCUGAAGCAGAGGUAGAAAUGCCAGCUGAUUCCCCUGGAGUGGAUGGACAUGGAGAAAAUGGGACAAAUAUACCAGGACACCUUCACUCCCAUGCCCAGCCUCUGUUAUGUGGAAUUCACAAAGCUGCUCUUAAACUAUACCUCAAAUAACAUCCCCAAAGCUGACAAGAUUCAAAAGUUGGUGAAGGAUACAUGGGACGCAUGGAUGGCCAAGCUGCAGCUGUCUGCAGACAGCUUCAUCUGGUAACAGGAAGCCCAUGCCAAGAUGGAUAAUCUAUUCAUGGAGAUCAACACCGUUGGGACUUUCCUUACUCGAGCCUUAGAUCAUAUGUACAAACUCUGGACUAACCUCCAGCUUGACAGGAGUGCCAAGUUCCAGGAUUUCUGA